UCGUUUAACAAAAACGGGCCGCCAACAUGCUCGCCAAAGUGCUCGCCAAUUCGACCCUCCCCCGACUUUGCUAGAAAAUGCCAUUCCUCGUCAUUAUAUUUUAGAGCAUACUUAAUUAACUAUGUUGAGAGGUAGGGACUAAAAGAUCCGUGUUAUCUAUAUUCCCAAUGUUUGGUGAGCCAUGUGACAGGUCGACCUCAUUACGUAAUCUGAGAUCGCGGGCUCACAAAACAAACGAAAGCGACUGGUUCUGCUGCACGAGCCACGAAGAUCGACUUUAGCCGUUUUGGAAAACCGUGAUCCGCGCCGAACCUUAUAUCAAAUCAACGAUUACUGUACCAUGUCCACUUAUAGAUGACAAAGUGACCGUAGCGGGGUAAAGAAAUGGCAUUGAGGACGCUGAAUAGUUCGCGAGGAGCGGUUCUUCUACUUGGGGAAGGAAAUUGUUACGUCACACUCAAACAACGUGCUGUCGCUAAAGCUUCCCCUUCAGUUGUUUAUUUGGGUGAAGAUACUGCCACACAAUACUGCUGUGUGAACAAUACAAGGAGAAAUGUUUUUUUUUCUACUAAUACCAAAGCGAACUGUUCCCCAGCCCUUCCUUCGUUUAGGGAUUACGAUUCCAAGGGCGCACGUGCGAUGUAUCAUUAUUGUAGAAGGCUGCUCUGCACGUCCCGUGCUAUAUAUAGGAACCAAGACCAUACUACUAUCGGCCCAUCAGAGGUCAAGGCGGAUCAGAAGCUCAGUCGUAAAGGUGCUUCACAAAUUCCCGGAAGUGCUGCAGCCAAGGCUAGACGGAAACAACAACUUAGCGCCCGGUCACAGGAGAGAGCAGUGCCAACCUCUAGAGUGGGCCGGCUCGUCAACUAUGGCGGUCUUCUGGCUAGUGUAACACUUGGGGCUAUAUCAGAAAUCACAAAAGGACAGCUUGGUUUAAAGCAAGUGGAUAACUUGUCAAAAAAGACAGGCAGCGCAUUCUUGACAGAGGCAAACGUCCAAAAGAUUGUGAAUACAUUGUGUCGCAUGAGAGGAGCUGCUUUGAAACUUGGCCAGAUGCUAAGCAUACAAGAUAACGCCCUGAUUGCUCCAGAGUUACUUGCCAUCUUUGAGAGGGUCCGUAACAGCGCAGAUUUCAUGCCCAAGUGGCAGCUGGAGAAUGUUUUAAAGAAAGAGAUUGGAGCUGAUUGGAAAAGUAAGCUCCUGGAAUUUGAUGAGAAGCCAUUUGCAGCUGCAUCAAUUGGGCAAGUUCACAGAGGGGUGUUGCUGGAUGGCAGGGAGGUAGCCAUCAAAAUACAGUAUCCUGGAGUUGGAGAUAGUAUUGACAGCGACAUCAAUAACUUAAUGACCAUCCUGAACAUGGCUAGCCUCCUUCCAAAAGAGCUUUACGCUGAAAAUGCUGUGGAAGUAGCAAGACGAGAGCUUGCGUGGGAAGUGGACUACGUCAGAGAAGCCCAAAGUGCCAGAAAAUUCAAAGAGCUGCUAAAAGACGAUCCAGAGAUUGGAAUACCAGUGGUGAUAGAUGAGCUAAGCUCAAGGCAGGUUAUCACUUCUGAACUGAUCAAUGGAAUGCCACUGGAUAAGAUCAAAGACCUCAGCCCUGAAACUAUCAACAAGGUCUGUUAUAAAAUUCUUCACCUUUGUUUGCGAGAAGUUUUUGAGUAUCGCUUUAUGCAGACAGACCCCAACUGGUCCAACUUCUUCUACGACCCUGAGGCUGACAAGAUUUAUCUUCUUGACUUUGGUGCCAGUAGGGAAUAUUCCAAGUCAUUCGUUGAUCAUUACAUCAAGAUCAUACGAGGAGCAGCUAUUGGUGAUGAACAAAUGGUUGUGGAUAACUCCAUUGCACUACAUUUUCUAACAGGAUAUGAAUCUAAGGUUAUGGUCAAGGCCCACGUGGAUGCAGUCAUGAUACUAGGCGAGCCAUUCAAACAAUCCAAACCCUUCAAUUUUGGUACGCAGGACACCACACGCCGGAUAAUGGACCUAAUUCCCAUCAUGCUCCGCCAUCGCCUGACCCCGCCCCCUGAGGAGGUCUACUCGCUGCACAGAAAGCUGUCAGGCUCAUUCUUGCUGUGUGCCAAGCUAGGCGCAGUCAUGGAAUGCAAAACUUUGUUUGAUGAAGUCUGGAACAAUUAUGAGUUUUAAAGACGGGGCGAGGUUGCCAAGACACAAGAUGGCUAGGUUACUUAGUACAUUAGGGCUAGGUUACCACGGUGAAAAAUGCCUGUUACCGAGUUCAUUAGGCCAAGGUUACCAAGGUGCAAAAGGCCUGGUUUAUGUAUACGAGACUGGGUCGGGUAGUGUACAAGUUUAUGUAUACAAGACUUUCCUUGUACCUUUAAGGAUCGUGUAGUGUACAAGUUUAUGUAUACGAGACUUGCCUUGUACCUUUAAGGAUCGUGUAGUGUACAAGUUUAUGUAUACGAGACUUGCCUUAUACCUUUAAGGAUCGUGUAGAGUACGGCUGUUUGGCUUUUUUGAGCGAGUUGAUGUUUUCAUGCUGUAUUUUAGCAAAUAGAAGCCAUGUCUUUGUUUUCAGGGGCGUAGCCAGGAUUUUUAACAGGAGGAGGCCCAAAAAGGCCAAUAUAACACAUAAUAAUAUAACACGCUUGCCCCCUGGCUAUGCCCCUGGGAUCAGACGAACAAAUUUAUCACAGAUCAGACGCUGUGGCCUUUCCGGGAAAACUUCCGGGAUUCCUGAAACUACGGCUAGCCGACUAAACUACAAAGAUAUUCUCGAUCUUGUCUAAGCACAUUCAGGACUCCUCAUUCCUGAUGUGAUCUUUCCAACAAAUGUUGAGUAAUUUUAAAUACUAGAUACGUAUUCCAACUUAAA